ACUCCCGUCCUCUGCGACUUCUACACGGAGCUGCUGGAAGAGACCGAGACCCCCGCCCCCUUCGAGGUCGUCUUCAUCUCCUGCGACCACAGCGCCGAGGAGAUGGCGGGCUAUAUGCGCUCCAUGCACGGGGACUGGCGGGCCCUGCCCUUCCACGACCCCUACAAGCA